CAGAAAGCACUUGAACAAUCCUGCAAGGCUGUUUUGUGGUUAUAAAUAUUUGACAAGUCUCCUGGGCUGAAGUUUCAGACCCUGCUUUUGAACAUCCCCUAAAAACCAGCUGUCGAGCAACCUUCUUGCUCCAGUGCCAGAAUUGCCCCGCUGGAGUUGGAGCUGCAGCUGCUGCGAGGCGUUUAUAUUUCAGCUCCUGUAGAGCGAUCUGAAGAGGGGACGGUAUGGAUCACCACGAAGCCACCUUGGAGGCGGAUAAAAUCCACCAGAAUCGCCUGCCCAGCGUCACGGACGACGACGACGAGGAACAAGAUGCCGCCUUUACCAUUGUCAGAGUCCUGGACAAAGUGGCAACCAUUGUGGACAGUGUGCAGGCGAGUCAGAAACGCAUCGAAGAGAGGCACAGAGAAAUGGAGGAUGCCAUCAAGACCAUUCAGAUAGACAUUCUGAAGCUCGCUCAGGCCCACAGCAACACCGGCUACACAGUCAACAAGCUGCUGGAGAAAACCCGCAAAGUGAGUGCCCGUGUCAAAGAAGUGCGGGCACGUGUUGAGAAGCAGAACGCAAACGUGCAGAAGGUUGAGGCCAAGCAAGAGGAAAUGCUGCGGAAAAACAAGUUUCGUGUUGUCAUUUACCAGGAGGACAUUCCGUGCCCAUUGUCUCUGUCAGUUAUCAAAGACCGGACACAAGGGGAACGCCUAGAAGAUGCCUUCUGCCCACCUGACGAUCUUUCUUCCGAUGAGGAGUAUUACAUAGAAGAAAGCAAAGCAACCCGGUUUAAGAAGUCAGGCAUGAGACGCAUCAACAAUAUAAAGAAGGCCUUCUCAAGAGAGAACCUCCAGAAGACAAGGCAAAAUUUUGGCAAGAGGGUGGACAGGCUCCGAACUAGAAUAGUAACGCCAGAGAGGAGAGAGCGAAUAAGGCAAUCGGGAGAGAGGCUGAGGCAAACUGGGAUAAGAUUCAAGAAAAAUAUAUCCAAUGCAGCACCAACCAAGGAGACCUUCAAGAAGAAGAAGAAACCUAAGGAGCAGGCAAUGGCUGAAGGUCAAGAUGGAACCCAAGAGGCUACUGGCGAUACAACAACAGCUGACAGUGGAGAUGCUGAGCCAGUCUCUGAAGAAAUUUCCUACACAGAGGUAAUAACCAAAGUGAAGAAAGACAAAGGUGGUGGAUCAAAAGGCCCUUCUCAGGCCAAAGAGAAGAUAGUGAUUACUCCUGAAAAAAUAGUGCUCAAGCAGGAGGCAAAAGAGGACGAGGAUGUCCUUCUGUUGGAUCUGAAGCAAUCUGCCUAAAAGGCAAAUCCCUGUCUACUGUGGUAGGGAAGGAGCAAUCCCUUUAACUUGGGUAGAUGUAGAACGGUUUUCAAACUUCCUUCAGGUAGCCCUUUCGAAUUGGUUUGCCAGCUGAAGAAACCUUGGGACAAACCGUGGCUCUUUGCAGAAGAUUCUGGGGCAUGUUCAAGAGCACACUCCAUUCAUUUGGGGUGCCACAUGAAACGAGGGCAUGUUGUAGGACACAUCCAGCACUUCCCCAGCAUUUUACCAGGAUAAACAAUGGCAGACAAGCUCUCCUUCAAGCACCUUGUCCUUGGCUGUCACCAAUGUUUCUGUUGAGGAAUCCCUGAUAAACUCUCAAGGGACACCAGGCUGUCCAGGAACAGAGUUUGGAAACCACUACGUGAGAUAGGUGUGUGUUGUUUAAAUUACUGGUAUGUGAGGAAAAUAUAUCAAUAUGUAUAUACUGUUUUUUGUUUAUAAGCAAUGGAUCAUCAUGUCACCCCAGUAGAAAUGAGGAACUGAUCUCCUUUGAUGUAUAUACAUAAAUGCCGUUUAUCUUAACAGGUAUUACUUAAUGGGAGGCAGAAGCCCCCUGCAUCUUAAUGGCAUCAGUACCUUCAAUAGUCUUCUGUAUCUGUAUUUUAUGCACAAUGACAACCAAACCGUGCAAAUCUAAUUAAAUGACUCAUUACUCAGGCAGAUUCUUCAACCAAGGGGCAGGGGUGGGAGAAAAUUGAGUUCAGCAGCAGGUAACUUGCUUUUCUUGAAGGCCACAGUUAACAAUUAAAUUAUUUUUGUCCUAAGCAGAAAUUCUACACAAAGGUUGUUCUAGAAAAGCUGUAGCAAAGUUGGUUGGUUGUUGGACUAUAGUCAGAGAGAGCCGUCUGUGGCAAUGGAAAGGCUAUGAGGAAUCUACUAGGGAUGCAAAAGGGAAUUCAGUGAUAUUGGUAAGACACUGGAAGAAAACAGAGGCCUGGUCAAAAACAGUGACCGCAAGGUUCUUUUUCUCAGGAGGGAAUACUGUGGAGAAAUAGCUAAAUGGGACCUUCAUGUUCGGAGCCUUGGGCACCAGAGCUGGGACAAGCAACCACAAAAGACUCGGGUUGCCCCUCUGGUCUUGCUUGUCGUCUUCCCAGAAACAUCUGGCUGACCUCUGUGGGAAACAGGAUGUUGGGUUAGAUUGACUGUUAGUUCAGCCCACCUCUUGUGUGUGGAUUUUAUAUGAUCCAAGUUGGUACGGUAGGUGGGUAGAAUGAAGGAUUCAGGGAAAUAAUAGUGAGGUGAAGAUUCCUGAAGAAGAAUAUUGGACUUAAAUUCGUAUGUGUGAAUAUGCCAAACCUACCCAUGGCUGUCACUUGCUGUAAUAUGCCCUGCUGCUCCACACACCCUGCUGCUCACACUCUCAACAUGUACAAAACACCUUGUCAUGGUUCUUAUUUUCCAUUCAAAUUUGAAUCCCUUUGCCUAUCCAGUGGGCACUGAAGCAGCAUGGCUCCUUAAACAUCUGCGGUUGCUGGAUUCCGUACUUCUAAAUAAAUAUAUUUACAAAAGGGACUGAUUAUUUUUGUUUCAAAGCAUGUAUCCCUAAAGAGCUCCUCCCUCUCCCUCCUCUCUCUCCCUCUUCCCCUAGUUAUGGGAGUUUCCUCAUGAUUCAUUCUCCACAUCCUCUAUAAUGUCUAACGGGGGCUAGAAACCUGUCCUUUAAAAACAAAAGCUGGGAUUCUCAGGAAACAGGAGCCAAUGGCCAAUAUGCAAAGGGUUUUUCUGUGCUUGCAAGGAACAUAUAGUAUUGAAUGUUGCAUCUAGAAUCUUGUGUACUGUGUUGGCACUUAGCUAUAGGACCCAAGGAAUAGUGGUUAUGAGAGAGUAAUGCUACGCUACGUAUUUUGGUGGUGCAACAAUUUCAAAGCGGAUUAAUGUUUCCAGAUUGAGAUGAGUGACUUCAUUGCAAUGGAACACACAAGAGACAGGCUGUAUAAGGGAGAAAGUCUGAUUCAGAUGUACUGUAACUAUAUUUCCACACAUUGUAAAAGACAAAAGUGGUACUGUUUUACAUGAAACUUGUUGAUCUUUCUUUACAAGCUAUGCUGACAUGCAGGUUUUGUUGCCAGCUUAAAUUUCGUUAAAGAACCAAUACGAUCUUAGUUCAUGAUCUUAUUUAGAUCAUGAUCUUAUUUAACCUGUACUUUGCUCUGCACGAUUUACUGUUUAUCCUCAACUUAGAACACAGGGAUUAGCUCUAAAAUAAAAAAAGAGGACUGAAUUAAAA